AUGCCCCCUCACCUGAUGCCCCCUCACCCUCACCUGAUGCCCCCUCACCUGAUGCACCCUCACCUGAUGCCCCCCCACCCUCACCUGAUGCCCCCUCACCCUCACCUGAUGCCCCCUCACCCUCACCUGAUGCCCCCUCACCCUCACCUGAUGCCCCCCCACCCUCACCUGAUGCCCCCUCACCCUCACCUGAUGCCCCCUCACCCUCACCUGAUGCCCCCUCACCCUCACCUGAUGCCCCCUCACCCUCACCUGAUGCCCCCUCACCUGAUGCCCCCUCACCCUCACCUGAUGCCCCCCACCCUCACCUGA